AUGGUUCAGGCAAAAGUGAAAGCACAACGCAUUGUUGCCUACGCAGCAGUGGCGCUAUCCGUUUUGUCCUUUCUGAUCGUUUGCGUAACUCUGCCUGUCGUCUUUAAAUACGUGAGACUUCUGCAAAAGAUGCGCAGAUGGAAACCAAGCUCUUCAAGGCGAUCCCCCAUUCGACCAACCGAACUAUUCGCCAGACGAAUGAAAACCUCUCAUUCCGAGAUUCCUUUGCUGUACGAUAGUUGCUGCCUUCCUGGAGAGCAGGGCCCUGCUGGGGCUCCCGGGAGACCAGGCAAACCAGGAAAACCCGGCACGCCAGGGAUGCCAGGAAACCCGGGUAGACCGCCUCGGCAACCAUGUCAUCCUGUCACUCCUCCGCCAUGUUUCCAAUGUCCGGCUGGUCCACCUGGAGAACGCGGGCCACGUGGAUCGCCUGGAGAACCUGGACCAAAUGGCUUUCCUGGACCACCUGGAGAGAAUGCAGCACCCGGAUUGCCUGGAGCACCUGGCCCUCCGGGUGCACCCGGAGAGACUGGAGAGCCCGGUCCGGACGGCAGACAUGGAGCACCUGCCCCUUAUCAGCCUGACGUACCGAGUCUACAAGGCGCUCCUGGAGAUCGUGGAGAAUGCGGAACACCAGGUCCACCCGGUUAUCCCGGACGCAACGGUCUUCCGGGACCACCUGGGCCGAGAGGUCCUCCUGGGCAAGUCUGGUCAGGAGGCCGUGAAGACCGUUGGUGCAUUCGGCCGCCACCUGACACAAGGACAACAAGGACAGAGAGGCAUAUGCCCGAAAUACUGCUCGAUUGA